AUGUCGACCACCACCAGCGGAACUCUCCAUGUUGACUUGUCUGGCACGUUUGGGCCUGUAUUCUGGGCCUUCGUUGUGUCCACGGUAUGCAAAGAACUCAAGGACUUCGCGUAUUACGACAGCCUGUUUGGCGUUUCUGUCGUACAGGGAUACUUCUAUUAUUUGAAUAAUAACGAUCCUUUAAGGUUGCGGGUUUUUGUAGCAGUCAUGCUUGCUCUUGAUUUCACCACGACUGCAUUAUCGUCACAAUCAAUGCACGACUACCUAAUAAUAAACUUUGGCAAUCCUUUUGCCCUUCUAUUCAUGACAACGCCGUACAUAACUGAAUACGCAGUUACAACGGUUGUAACCCUUGCAUCCCAAUUAUUCUAUGCGAGUCGUAUCCACAUUGUGGCGAAGGACAGUAUUAGCCAUAGCAUCACCAUUCUCAUCGGUGCACUGGCUGUCGCGGCGUUUGGUCUGGAAGUACACAAAAUGAUGAUUCUUGCUGGUCUCAAUACGGGUUUAUCGGCAACCUGCGAUAUUGUCGCAACUGCAGCGAUGUGCAUUUUCCUAGCGUCUCAGAAGUCCGUGUAUAAACAAACCCGUACAAUCGUUUCCUACCUCUUGUUCAUCAGUAUCAAUCGUGGCGCUCUCGUCGCAAUAGCUCAGCUCGGCUUUAUGAUAUCCUACCUCGCCGCACCUUCCAAGACCUAUUGGAUGCCGUUCCACCUAAGCGUCAGCAAGCUACACGUCAACACGCUACUUGCAAUGCUCAAUGCUCGUCAGAGCCUUCGCGAAAGGAGUGAAGUGACGCAAGUCAGGUUCAGCAAGGACUGUACCACGUUCAACACUCAGAUCGGAAGAGGUCUUCGGGAAUCUGCUUCUGCAAAGGGCAGUCUCAGGCUAUCUGGUAUGGCUUUUGAGCUCGGCCAGCUUUCGAAGGCAGAGCGGCAUGAUACAAGUCCUACAACGCUGGCUAGUCCAUCUAGCGUAUCGACGUAUGUCAACAGCCCGAUGCCGACGUAUACCAACAGCCCGAUGCCGACGUUUUCACAUCCGCACCGAGAUGAAGACGACCUCUCGGGAAGUGAAGUAUGA